AUGGGAUGCGACGGAGGAACAAUUCCAACUCGUGACGAGGUGGUUAAAAUGAAGAAAAAAGAUACACAAAUAUUCGAUAAAGAACAGUUAGAAUAUGCAAAAUGGUUUUUAUGUAAAUUGGCUCAAAACGUAUUGUGUGAGCCUAUAGUGAUUGAUGAUUUAGGCAACUUGUUUAAUAAAGAUAAAGUAAUAGAGGCAUUAUUGGACGGUUCACUCCAAUCUUCAAAAAAUCUUUCGCAUAUACGUUCACUUAAGUCGAUUUAUGACGUUCAUUUCACACCAAACCCAGCAUACGAAAAAGAUAAAACAGUAUCACCAUGGUUAUGUCCAAUUACAAAAUUAGAAGUUGGCAGCCAUCAUAAAUUUAAAUUUAUUAAAACAUGUGGACAUGUUUUAUCAGAUAAAUCAUUUAAAGAGUUGGAUUCUGCUAAAAGCUGUUUUAUAUGUUCAAAAGAAUUUAGUGAGGGUGAUAUCAUUAUUGUUAACCCAAAUAACGAAGAAUUAGAACAAAUGAAAAUACUGUUAAAAGAAAAAUUAGAGAAUUCUAAAUCAAAAAAAAAGAAAUCAUCGAAAAAAAGAAAUUUAGAAAGUGCAAAUGAUAGUAGUUUAGUAUCAGAAUCAUCCUUUACCACUAACACUUUAAAACAAGCCAAUGAAGAAUUAAAUAAAAAGAUGAAGUCCGAAGCUUUUUCUAGUAUUUUUAAUAAAUCAACAACAACAACAACUACCACCACGACAACCACUACUGCAACAAAAACAAAGUAA